GUCUGGGAGCUCAGUGAGGAGCGCGAUAUUGAAGAGGGACUUGGGAAGUGAGAAUAGUCGGGUGUUGGGUUUUUAAAGCAAGAUAUAUACACUUAUUUAUAAUUUUUUUAGAAAGGAACGAAAGACCAAAGAUAACUUAUUGAAACCAAAAUGCUUUGCCUUGUUACGAGGCCAGAUUCGGUGGUUAUGGAGGUGGAGGUUGAUUCGAAAGCAAAUGGAGAAGACUGCUUGAAUAAGGUUUGCAGGAAAUUGGGAAUAAUAGAGGUGGAUUACUUCGGGCUCCAGUUCUCGGGCAGCAAAGGAGAGAGUUUAUGGCUGAAUUUGAGAAACAGGAUCUCCCAGCAGGUGGACAGCCCUGCACCCUGCAGACUGAAGCUGCGAGUGAAGUUCUUUGUUGAACCGCAUCUCUUACAACAGGAGCAGACUAAGAAUCUGUUCUUCCUGCAUGUAAAAGAGGACCUUCACAGUGGUCGUUUGCAGAGUUUGCCUGAACAGGCAGAAGAGCUGUGUGCGCAGGUGGCUCAAGCAGAAUUUGGAGACUACAACCAGAACACUGCCGUGUACAUCUAUAAAGAAAUUUGUGGGAAGGACCCCAGCCCAAGGGUGCAAAACAGCAUCAUUGCAAAGCACAAAGCGCUGGAAGGAAUGAGUCAGUCAUCAGUGGAGUACCAGGUGUUGCAGAGUGUAUCCACUCUGGAGAACUAUGGUGUGGAGUGGCACUGGUCGAGAGACGGGGAAGGGCGUAAGCAGGUGAUUGGAGUGGGACCAGAUGGAAUAUCGGUCUGCAACGAGGAUUUCAGUCUUAUUAACAGAAUCACUUACCCAGUAAUUCAAAUAGCUACCCAAUCUGGAAAGAACGUCUACCUGACAGUAACCAAGGAAACUAUCAACAGCGAAGAACUUGUCUUCAAGCUCAUCAGCACCCGAGCGGCGAGCGGACUUUACAGGGCAAUAACUGAAACCCAUGCUUUCUACAGGUGCGACACAGUAACGAAUGCUGUAAUGAUGCAAUACAGCCGGGACUUUAAGGGACACCUGGCGUCUUUAUUCCUUAACGAGAACAUUAACCUGGGCAAGAAAUACGUCUUUGACAUCAAGCGCACGUCCAAAGAGGUGUACGACCAUGCGCGGCGGGCCUUGUACAAUGCUGGCAUUGUGGACUUUGUAUCUCGUACAGACGGCAGCUCCCAAAACUCUCCGCUCAAGUCUUCCAGGAGCGAUCUGAACUGCGCAAGCUGUGAGGGGCUGAGCUGUCAGCAGAGCAAAGCUUUGCAGGAGAAGCUGCAGAAGCUGAAGGAGGCCAUGCUGUGCAUUGUGUGUUGUGAGGAGGAGAUCAACUCUGCCUUCUGUCCCUGUGGACACAUGGUCUGCUGCGAAUCCUGUGCUGCCCAGUUGCAGUCCUGUCCUGUGUGUCGAUCAGACGUGGAACAUGUGCAGCACGUCUAUUUGCCUACCUGCACCAGCCUUCUAAAUCUGACUAUGAUCUGAUGGGUCAGUAACACUUCAGCAUGAAGCAACAUGGCCUCUUAAAUCCAACUGCACUACAAAGACUAUACAAAAGCAAUCGAAAUAUUAUGUUACACAUAAGACAAAGCAAUUAUUCCUGUGUUUUCUUCAGGCAAAAAAAAGCAAGACUUUCAUAGAGUGAGCAUUGUGUGAACAGCUAGAAGCUGUUACAAGAACUUUGAAAAAAAAAACAACUAUGAAAUAUUAUUAUUUUUUUUGUGUUAUUAUUCAUUCAGAAAUGUGGUAUCAGUUGAUCUGAUCAGAAUAGUGAUAUAAUCUAUUUUUCAUUUUUUCUUUGUAUUCUAAUCCUGCAUUUUAUUAUACAUUUUUUGGCUUUUGGAGCAUUGCCUAAAAUGAAUUGUAUGAGAGGAGGAAAUUCUGUAUUUUUUUCUGUAUUAGAAACUCUGUACUUAAGCAUGUAUUUUAUUAGUAUUGUUGUGUUUUUUUUUUUUUUUUUUUAGAAUGUUUGUUUAAGAACUUUCUUUUAAAAUUUAAUCUUUGCUUUAAAUGCAGAAAACUCCAUAUCCUAUACGGCAACAUUUACAUUUCAUAUAUUAGUGUGGUGUUUUGACUGUUUAAUCCUGUAUAUCAGUUUUCAUACCAAUGUUAAUGCCAAAGUGGGAAAAACCAAGGACAAAUCUGGUACAAAUUUGUUUAAAUUUAGUAUUUCUGUAACAGUUAUGUCCAAAUAUGUUUUAAAAGUGUGUGUGUAUAUGUAUGUAUGUGUGUAAUUUUAUAUAUGUUUUCAUGAAAUAUUCCCUGAUUUUUAAAUGUGACUUGAGUUGAACACAAGUGAAAGUUGAUCAAGCAACCUAUUCUUUUAACAGGAGGUUGGGAGUUUCAUUGAGAAGUUGUACUUUGCCAUUCUAGUUCCCCGUAUCAAUAUUCAUGUUGGGGUUUUAUCCAAUCGUUGGUAAUAUUGUUUUAAUAAUUCAAUUUCAAUCCGCCAGUCCUUGGUUUUCUCUCUUUUCUGGUAUUUGGUCACUAGUGGUUUCUUGGAUUGGAUAGAGGGUGCUAGUAGACCUGUGAGUGCAAUACUAGCUGCUCAAAGGCUAGAGGGUAAGGGAGGUAGGGAGGUGGGGAGGGUCGGGGGGAGAAAGAUCUACACUGUCACUUUACCAAGGACAUUUCCUUAGUGUAUUAUUCAUAGGGUUUGCCUUAAUGUAGCAACAGUAUUUUUUUGUAUGCAUUCUGUUUCUUUGCACAGACAUUCUUGUCGACUAGAAGAGAAAUGCUUGACUUAUGAUGGCAUAUUUUUUCAGCAGCAGCCUCUUGCUUCCAGAGGUGUUUAUUUUUUCACUUUGUACAAAUGGGUUUUGUUUCGGUUUCAGAGCAAAAGCACCAGCUGUCUGUAAAAUAAAUAACUCCUGUCUCUUUAUAUUUCUAAGAGGGGGAAAAAGUAUUAAUAAAAGAUU